AUGCAAGCAAUAGCUGUCACAUGGAGAAAACUUUCUACAAAUGCACGAUCCGCUAGCUCAAUCACUAACCUAAAAAAAAUAGGAAAAACAGCAUUUAGUAAUAAAUACUUACUUUAUACUAAUGUGACAAUAUCUGUAACCUUAUCAGCUGUAGGUGAUCUAUUGGAACAGACAUAUGAAUUGUACACGAAAGAUAUGGAAAAGUAUGAUUUUAAAAGGACUAUGCAUAUGGGAUUUUCUGGUGCAGCAGUGGGGGUACUUUGUCACCACUGGUAUAAAGUGCUUGAUAGGUUUAUUAUAGGUAAAACAACCGAUAUGGUAAUUAAAAAACUACUUUUAGAUCAAUUAAUUUUCUCGCCAAUAAUGAUUGUUACUUUUUUUGGUAGUUUAGCAUUAUUAGAAGAGAAUCCUGUGGAUAAUUUUAAGGAGGAAGUGAGACAUAAGUUUGUUACUUUGUAUAAAGCUGAAUGGAUGGUAUGGCCUCCUGCUCAAAUUAUUAAUUUUUAUUUUUUACCCACUAGAUUUAGGGUUUUAUAUGACAAUACAAUAUCAUUAGGAUAUGAUGUUUAUACCUCACAAGUGAAACACAAUAAGAACAAUUUGAGAAAUGCAGAUCGUAAAUCAGUUUGA